AUCAACAAUGGAAGCUUUGGGGCUAGGACUUCCGCUUUCAACUAGCGUCUCACAUCGAGACUGCAGUAGUAGUAAGCUGAGUUGCACCACUCAAUUUGGUAGGACCUGUUUCAGUUUACCCUAGUUGCAGCAGCAGCAGCCAAUUUCGCUCAUGAGUCAUUUCCCCUUUGUAGAUGUAUUCGUUGAGUCUAUAUAGGAUUGUAUUUGCUUUAGGGUCACAUUGGAUUUGGGGUACGGAUGCAAGCUGUAGAAGAAGAAUAUGAGCUGAAGCAAGUGAGAGACAUGGCUGCGGCUAGAAAAAGAUGGGAAGCUUUGAUCAGAGAGGAAAAAGUUAAAGUUCUUACACCAAGGGAAGCAGGUUAUGCCAUUCAACUGUCUAACAAGGCAUUGCUUGAUGUACGUCCAGCAACAGAGCAUGAGCAGGCAUGGGUUAAAGGAUCAACAUGGAUUCCCAUCUUUGACGUUGAUAAUAGAUUCGAUAUUGGAUCUCUUUCUGGAAAGAUAACAAAUUAUGUGAUGGGAGGUUGGUGGAGUGGUGUUCCUGUAUUGUCUUUUGAUAGCUUUGAUCCUACAGAUUUAUCUCUUGCGGCUUGUGAGCUAUUGUACAAUUCUGGGUACAAAAACCUUCUUUGGAUUCAAGGGGGGCUCGAGGCUGCUGAAGAAGAGGAUCUCCAAAGAGAUGGGCCUCAACCUUUUAAAUUUGCUGGGAUAGGUGGAGUUUCUGAGUUUCUUGGUUGGACUGACCAACAAAGGGCUGCAGCAGCAAAGGAAGGAUGGGGUUAUCAAUUGUUUUUAUCUGCUCGACUGGUUUGUAAAUCUUUCUAUUGUUUUCAGAUAUGAGAAAAGCGAGCUAACUUAUUGGAUUGGAUUAUUCUUGACAGAUUGGAAUAUUUCUUGUUGCUGAUGCCUUGUAUAUUGGUUCUCAACAAUUUGGUCACUAUCUUCAAGAUAUAAAGACUCAUUGAAAUUAUUCCAUGUAGAAUAUCGAAAUGUGUUUCGUCCAGCUGCUUCUGUGCUGUCACAUUUUUAAAAUGUAGAUAAAACCACUCCAAUGUCCAUUUCACUAUUUUUAUUUAUCAUAUUGAAAUUUUUCUA